AUGAACGAGUGGAAGCGGCUUGAUGACCUCAUCGACUGCCCUGACUUCUGGCUCGGCCCGCAACUUGCUGCUGUGAUCGUCUUUGCCACCGCCGUACACUCUGCACACACUGCUUUUGCCUUGAUAUGUACCAGGCUCAUCGUCGAGAGAGGUCUGGUACGCUUGGCAGUGUCAGCAGAUGGCAUACGGAGGACAUACAUGGCAUUCGACUCAACCGCCCGUGAUCCGGACCCCCACAACACCACGACGCCCGCGCCCACAACCUCCGACCCCGCCAAACGGAGCAGCCUUCAAAUGCUCAAGAGGGUGCGGUUCCACGUCCAUGACUGGAGCCAAGACUCAUCUCAGGCAGGCAAUAUGGCCCAAGCAGAGACACACCUCAACUACUUUACAUGCACCCUCGGCGAGGCGGCUACAUGGAACGCAGAACACCCUCAUCCCUUCCACACAGUCAACCACCUCAUAGAUGAGCAGGCAAAGGAUCAAGGACAAAGACCGGCCGUCAAUUUCCCAGGCGGAUGCGCUGCUGAAGAUGGCCGGGAGAUGAAGUCAGAUUUCACUUAUCGAGAACUCAAGACAUAUUCCAUCGCUACUGCAGCCCGUCUGCGUCGGAGGCUACAGAUUUCAAAUCGAAAUGGCUCAGGCACCGCCGGCCUGCUCUGCUCCAGCACCCCUGAGUUCAUCCUGACCUGGCUGGGUCUCAUGCGGUUGGGCAUAUCCGUCAUGCUCCUGGCGAAUUACGACAAGGCUAAGACCCUGAAGGAUGGCAGCAUGGCCAUCAACAUCAGCAACGUCCUGUACAAUCUCAAGGCUGACCAGCAUCCGACUGACGUCCCUUCACCUGUCAAAUCGGGUGAUAUAGCAUACCUCUUCCAUACUUCAGGCACCUCUUCCGGUCUUCCGAAGCCUAUACCGCAGUCUCAUUAUGCCGCAGUCGGUGUCCUUCCUCGUCUUCCCGGUGGCAGCAGCGCCGCCACAUUUUCGACGACCCCUUUGUACCACGGUGGUAUCGCUGACUGUUUCCGCGCAUGGGCGAGCGGAGCCACUAUUCACCUCUUUCCGGGCACCCAGCCCAUCACAGCCACUAAUGUCCAACGGGCUGUCAAUCGCGCUGACAGCUAUCUCGCCAACGCAUGCCCAGUCAAGUACUUCACCAGCGUUCCAUACAUCCUUCAGAUGCUUGGCGGCGACCCAGCCGAUCCUGAAGGUGACUCCGGACUUCAGCUGCUGCAAGACAUGGACAUGGUCGGUGUAGGUGGAGCUGCUCUGCCACCGUCUGUUGGCGACCACCUCGCUGCCAAAAACGUGAAGCUGGUCUCCCGCUUCGGAAGUGCAGAGUGUGGCUUUCUGCUUUCCUCGCACCGGGACUACAGCGCUGAUCGCGAAUGGUCCUUUCUCCGUGCCGAUCCGCUCCUGCAGCCGGACUUUUACGCUUUUGAACCUCAAGCUACAGAAGAUGGCGAACCGUCACUUUUCGAGUUUGUCGUGAAGCCCAAAUGGCCUCAUCGUGGCAAGACUAAUCGCCCCGAUGGCUCCUUUGCCACUUCGGAUUUGUUCGAACGGCAUCCAACGAUUCCAAACGCUUGGCGGUAUCACAGCCGGGCAGACGCGCAAAUUACGCUUUUGAAUGGCAAGAAAUUCGAUCCGGCCCCAGUGGAGGGCGAGCUUCUCGCGUCAGAAGUGGGAAAGAGGCUAUUGAGCGAUGUCAUGAUUUUUGGAACUGGCCGAGAAGCUCCUGGAAUCUUACUAUUUCCUAAGUCGGGGACUAAUCACGCCAGUGACGAUCAGAUCAUCGAGAAGGUGUGGCCGACUGUCGAACAGAUGAACGAGGAAACUCAGAGCCAUGCAAGACUGGCUAGAAGCAGCAUGAUUGUCGUCAAGAGGGAUCGUGGCGAGACGCCGCAGCUUCCCAAGAGCAGCAAGGGCACAAUUUUGAGAGGACAGGCCGAGCAGAUGUUUGCACAGGACAUCGAGGAGUCAGGCAACCAUUAUCCAGAGUUGAACGGCAAGAGGAAAAAGAUACCCGACAGUAAAGUCAUGGAUGAAUUGAGCCACCUCUUUGACCAUGUUUUGGGCAGACACAUUGACCCCAAGGCCGACCUUUUCGCACAAGGCGUGGAUUCUCUCGCAUGCUCGCAGCUUAGGAAGUCCAUCUCUAAGGCAUUCUUCAUCGACUCCGAGGUAACUUUACCGCUCAACGUUAUAUAUGACCAAGGCUCGAUAGAACGCAUAUCGAAGUACGUCCUCCGAUGCCGAAUUUCCGGCGCCGCAAUCCCAGAUGGCCUGAAUGAGGAGGACCCGGACGAGCAGCUCAUGUUGGACCUGGUGGAAAAGUACCGACGUGAGAUACAAUCACCAGCCGGCUCAUUUGACCUACACAAGGAUCGCGUGGUUGUUCUCACUGGCGCAACUGGGGCUCUGGGAGCGCAUAUUCUGGAGCUGUUGCUCCACGAUUCGAAUGUGUCGCGAGUCUAUUGCCUCGUACGAGCUGCAAGCCCUGUGCAAGCAAGCGAGAGGGUAUCAAAAUCACUGGAAUCGCGCGACUUAGCAAUGCCCUCCAGCGAGGUCGGUAAGGACUCCAAGCUGGUCUGCCUCCCAUGUAGCCUCCAAAGCGACAAGCUCGGCCUCUCAGGCUCCGAAUGGGAAAGGCUGGCCGGCGAGGCAACGCUGAUCAUCCACUCGGCGUGGUCUGUAAACUUUAGCCUCAAGCUCAGGUCAUUCUACGACCAACUCACGGGUCUAGCCAACCUCCUGCAGUUGCGCAAUGCCACACGCAGCUCCGCGGCCCGGCUCGUCUUCAUCUCAUCUACGGCCUCCGUGACAUCCGCCGCCAAGGGCGAUCGCCCCAUCAGCGAGACGCUCAGCUCCGACCCGGACGAUGCCUCGCCUCUGGGAUACUCGCGGUCGAAGUGGGUGGCAGAGAAUAUUCUCGCCUCAGCCCGAGUGAGCGGCCGAUUCGCGACGCCAGAUUCGAUAAGCACCUCGGGUCUCCCCUCGCCCGGGAUUGCAGAGGAGAAGACCCCGAUCAUCAUCGUCCGGGUUGGCCAGCUCUGCGGCAACUCCAGGACCGGCGCCUGGAACGCCACAGAGGCCUACCCGAUCAUGCUCUCAUCCGCACGCAUAUCUGGCUGCCUGCCUGACUUACCUGGCGAGGCCCUCAGCUGGCUGCCCGUCGAUAUCGCAGCUCGUUCGGUGCUGGAGAUCUCUGCAUCACCGUCGGGCCCGCCGGAACCCCCUCGGACGUCCGCCCAGCGCUUCUCGCAGUCGCGUUCGCAGCAUUUGCACAAGACGCCUGUGUACCACGUCGUCAACCCGCACCAGGAACCCGAAUGGAGGGACCUGCUGGGGUGGAUUUGCGCCGCCGGUGGUGACCAGGAGGGCGGCGCGGAGGUGAGUAUCGUUCCGGCACCGGAGUGGAUCGCCCGGCUCGAGCAGGCGCUGGAGACGCAGAAUCACCCGGCACGGGCAUUGCUACAUCUGUGGAAGGGGGCGUACAGCGGCAGACGUGGCAGUGGGUCUGGACAAGUCAAUCUGCCCGAAAUGGCUGCUUAUCUACCACAGAACGAUGGCUAUCUUAGCUAUUUCCUGCUUUACACAAGCGCAUCCGCCAUGAUCCACAGCCUAUUUUGCUACCUCAAGCCGCCCACCACCUCGCUCCGCGCCUUCAGCGGGCCCCAGGCCACACUCCAGCGCAGCGGCCUGCUCGCCCGCGUCUACGGCACCAAGAAUAUCUACACGGGGCUCAUCCGCGCCUACGCCGCGUACCACAUCACCAAUGGCCCCGUGUACGACCUGGCCAUGUGCACGUUUGCCGGCGUGCUGUUCCUGUAUGUGACGGAGCUGGGCGUGUAUGGCACGGUCAGGCUGCGGGAGGCGUCGUUCCCGUUUAUUACGGCUGGGGGCGGGCUUUUGUGGAUGGGAAAUAUCAACACAGCCCUCAGUCUCUGGCCUGUGGCAUACCUCCUCAUUGUGCUGUUUGCCCUCCUGGGCAUGGCCUCAGCUAAAGACAACGCCAUGGUGUUCUACAAUGCCAACUGGGACUGCCAGAGCAAGGCGGACCAUAUCGGCUGCGGCAAUCUCGCCCCAGAGGCCUGCUGCUCCUCCCACCAUCCAUUCUGCGGGAUCGCCCUCCUGGCAAACAUGAACACGGACGCCCGUACCAUCUACUUCACUGUGGGAAGCAAAUGCGAGAUCAAUGACGACCUCCACAACUACAACCGUUGCAUCGCGCACGGCGUUUGCUGCAUACCAUUCCCUGAAGGGUUUCACGAUGACAGCAGCUGCUCAGCGUAUUGGCACGAUGGUACCCCCAGGCCUCCUGCGGAUGCCAAUAAUUCGACACAGAGAGCGUGUCAGGAUCCUAACUUCCUGGCAUAUGACGAUGAUGGCACACAGCGGAAGAUAUUCAUACCUGAUGGAAGUUUCGGAGACGUGAUGGAGUUAUAUUCUCAGAAGGACUUCGAUGCUCUUAGACGCUUUAGGGACUGGGAUGGCUGA